AUGGCUCUUCUUGAUGCAUCCACAAACAUCUCACUGCUCUACAAGGAGGAGUUUGAUCCUAGUCACAGUAAGAUUUCGGUGGACUUUGCGGUGAGCAGAGAACAAACGAACGAGAAGGAAGAGAAAAUGUACAUUCAGACAAGAAUGGGUAUGGAGAAGGGUAUCUAUGAGAUCAUGAUCUCACUUGCUGCUAAAGAUGGGACCGAUUGGCUGGAGUACAAGAAGCAAUUAAAGAGGAGUGAGCAGAGGAAUGUGGAAGUCUACUAA